UGUCGCGCCGCGCUGGCUUGACGUGUCGCUGCGCUGAUGGCGGCGGGGCUGGCGGAGGGUCGCACCGAGGAGGGAGAGCGAGGAGGCGGGGGACCGGAGAGACGGAGAGAGGAGGCCCCGGCGGCACCGAGCACAGACACCCCGGCAGAGAACACACCGACGACGGCGGCGCCGAGGCCCGCGGAGCGACACGGAGGAGGACGGACGGAUGGAUGGAGCGUUUAGGACCUCCUAUUGGCCAGCAUCCCGUCUCGCCCCACCAGCCGCUGCUACAGCUGCAGGGAUUGUUUGUUAGCUGAAGUGCAGUGAAACCAGCUCUAGGGGGUGCUAUCCUGUGAACGAAACAGGCACUCUCAUGCUAGGUGAUGAGCUCAGAAAAAUGACAGUGAAAGUUGCAGGCUAGCAGCUGAAAAUGUAGAUUAGCUUCAUUCUGAAACCACCUGCAGCUAGCAGCUAACAGCUAUCGAACAGACCGAAAACAAACUCUGCAGAAGUGAGAUUCAGUCCAAAAACAGACUAGAUAAAAAUGUAGCUGGACUGCGAUCUCGAUCCGAGUGUUCAGCGGCUAGUUAGCGGCUAGCAGGCAGCUGUGGCGCGGGGCUGAGUGUGGACGGAGCAGGGGUGCGAUGGAGUACCACUCUGGUGGCAGCCUGCCCCUGCUGGGGAGACCGCGGUACUGCCCCGGGGCCAGUGCUAACGGAGGCUACCUGUGUGAGACGGGACACUGCUGUGGAGAAACCGGCUGCUGCACCUACUACUACGAACUCUGGUGGUUCUGGCUGCUGUGGACCGUCCUCAUCCUGUUCAGCUGCUGCUGCGCCUACCGACACCGCCGAGCCAAACUACGAGUCCAGCAGCAGCAGAGGCAGCGAGAGAUCAGCCUGCUGGCCUACCAUGGAGCCAACUCCUACCCGUCCUCCAUGCUGGACCUCAGUUUCCUGGCGUCGCUGAAGCUGCCAUCCUACGAGGAGGUGGCGGCUCAGCCCUCCACCCCUCCGCCUCCCUACAGCUCCGUCUUCACCACCCCUCGCUACCCGCAGCCUCCACGCGCCACCGACCCCCACCUGCUGACACAGCACGGCCCGCUGCUGCAGCACGGCCCGCUGCUGCACCGUCCGCUCAGCGAUGGGCCCUCCUCCCUCAGCUCUGACAACAGCUCCAGUUGUUCCUGUGACUCCUGCUGCCCCUCCUCUCCAUGUAGCUCCUCCCUCUCAGCACCAGUCACCUAUGAGACAGACACAAGCCACGCCUCCACGCCUAGCGAGGCCACGCCCCUCACCCUCGAUGCCACCAUGGAGACCAUCACUGCCGCCGCUACCCGCUUGGAGGCAAAUGAGGCUCGACUUCCCGCUGAGAAAAUGGCCGCCGCAGUGGCUGUAGACAUUGAUGAUGCAGAUGCUGCUGGAGCUCAGGAACCCAUUGCCACGGACUCAUUUGUUCCCAACCAGACUGUUACUGUGGCGGUUGUUACCAGGGCGGCCUCUCCUCAGCCUCCAUCCUCACCUAGUCCUGAGUUGAUCCUUCCUGUCCGAACGACAUCUCCCACAAUGCAACAGUUGGACAAAGGACCAGGUACCCCGAUAGUCAGCACCUGUAGCUCAAGCACACUCCCUAGUCCCAGUGCUGUUGAUGCAGCUCCCCCCUCCAUCCAAAUAAUAAGCACUGAGGGUCCAGCAACCAUCCCUGCCCCCAAGACCACCUCAAUGUCAGGACCUGCUACCCCAACAGGUAGCGGUUCUCUCAGCCCUGAAGCUCCUGAAGCCCUAGAAACCCUUAAACUAACAAGAACUUGUGACACAGCCACUGUUCCUGGUAGCCCAACCUCAGCACCAUACCCAGAUGUUGGUCUCCCAACGUUGGACCCAAGUCUUAGCCUUGUGCCAGUUCUGGCACCUUCGAAGCAUACCCCAGAUCAAGAACCAGAAUCACUGCUCUCAACUCAUACCCAAGCUCCAGAUCCUGCACCUUUAGACCAGAUUCUGGUUCUGAACCCACAACCUCAAACCAUUGCAGAUUCCAUGAGUAACCUUAACCUAACUCCAAAACCUGAGCAUUCAGAUCUUACCCUAGAUGCAGCACUCACUUCACCCAUAUCAGCUCAGAACCUACAGCUGUCAUGUGGACCGGGUCUUGUCCACUUUCCUCCGAGUCCAGAGGCGGGCUCCUCACAACACUCAGGAUCUGUUGCUGUUCUUGUAUCUUGUCUAGAUUCACCUGCAGUUGCAGACCUUUCAGUUCCUUCUUUGGUCCAUUCUCAAUCAUCAGACCUUGUCCUUCCAUUGCCUUCAGAUGUCCAGACUGGUUUGACGUCUGGUUCUGGUUGUGCAUCAGGUCCUCUGUCCACCUCUACCCCAGUUCUCACCUUCUCAACACCUGUGUCCACGUCUGUCUUAUGCCCAGCCAUAAACAUAGAGUCUGGAUUUUCCCCUGCAGCCUUCUCCCCAUCCUCACCCCCAUCCCUUACCUCUUCUCCUUCCUCACCCUCCCUUCCGUCCCUGUCCUCCACCUCCCUCCCUGCACCAGCUUUACUCCUGGACCCCCUCACUGCUCUGCACCAGUCCGACAAAGGUGGAUCUUCUUCUGGCCAUGCGUCCUCCCUGUCACCCUCGCCUCGGGCUACCCAGUCCCCACCCAAACAGACUCUCUUCUCUCCUUGCGUGGAUGUCUUUGAACCAGGACCUCCCUGCUGGGAGGACGAAGACGAGGAGCAGGAGGAGAAGGACAAUGACGAGGAUGAAGAUGAGGACAUGGGAGCUGAUGAGAGCCAGUACCGACACCGGCGACUCACUGGCGACUCUGGGAUCGAGGUGUGCAGGUGUCGGGUGGAGGACGAGGAUGAGGAAGACGAGGGGGAAAGCAAGGAGGAAGGCAGGAUAGGAGGAGGAGGGGAGUGUGACAAAAAAGGGGGUGGAGACACUGAUCUCCAUGACAGCAUGGACUGUCCUGUGAGAGGUCAGAAGACUGCGGGGGAAGGACUUGCACUGUGUACCGCCACGCCAACAUCCGAAGACAGCAGCAAAGUCGUCAUUGUCAUGGAGACAGUGUGACGGACAUAAACGGUUGUAUCAAAACAUCCAGACAAGAGUUGAACACGAGGUGAAUGAUGGCGCUUCAAACUGAUUUUCUGUAACCACAGAAAUGACUGUGAUUGAGUCGGGUUGCAUUAAUACGCCUCCACAGGGAUCAGAUGGUUGAUGGGAUGAUGGUCAUCAGGAAGCAUUAUGACACGGUUCAGUCAAAGUGUUUAGGGAAUGUCAAGGAACAUUGGGACACAUAUUACAUCAGGAUGGAGAGUUGUCUAUUUAUGAAGAAUGUCUAAAACUCUACUGAAGGCUAUGAGCAGUUAGCAGCUUGUUCUGAAGCGUCGUCCGGGAAUAUUCUUGGUCAAAGUAAAUGUAGUAGAAGUCGGUCCUUUACAACCAAAAGCGCUUCUGUUCAGUCUCGUGUGAAUCUCCCAGAAUCUCUACAACGAAUCUUGCAGAACAACAGAUGCCCCAAAUAGAACGAGGCACAAUAAAUGUAGUAAAUGCUCUGUAUAGGACAUUAGGAGUUAAUUCAAUGUGUUGAAAUAAUUCUCGUUCAUACAUUUAAAAUUUGUUAUUUUCAAAGGUUUACAUUUAACAACAAAGGAGAGAUCAAAUGAAACGUAGGCUUCAGUGGUUGUAGUGUUUCGACCUACACUAGAGAGUAAAAGUCAGGAUAUUAUGGACCUUCAGACUGUGUUUGCAUCCAUAGCAGCUUCUGGAAACACAUUUCUGCAUUUCUUGGCAGCCAGGAGUUGUUGUUUAGUUUACAGAGACACCAAAAAUCCACCAGGUACAUUUAACCAAAGCUGCUGGUGGCUAGAAGCUUGCUAACUAGUCACAUUAGCAUGUUGAGUAGUGUUCCAGUUGGAUUUAAACAGCUGCACAUCUUGGUUGUACGUCUUUUUCUGUUCAUAUUAUGCCUUCGUUAGUUUUAGUGUUGUGUCUUCGAAUGGCACUUUUUUUAAAAUGCAAAUCUGACAAAUCAUCUCUAGUUUAUUGGUGUCUUCUUUCAUAUUUGGCUUCAAACCAAAACUUGCUCCCAGCAACUACAUCCCCGACAUUAAAGUCAGUAGAUGCUCAUCAAAAUGGAGUCGGUUGAAUGUUGGGAGUCUGUUGAGAUUAACAGUUGGUGCCAUUAGUCAGCAUGGAAGUAGUGCAGCUGUUUCAACAGAUAAAUGGGAAUAACACCGCAGCCAAUGCGAUGAACCCUCACGAGUCACAAACAUGGGAACCUUCUGUCCAAUUGUGACCCUUAAAGAAGUGACGCUUUCUCUCAUUCGUCAAACAACUCAGAACUUAAAAUAGUUUAACGUCUACCCGGAUACACCUCGCCUGUCUCGUGAUGACGAAGGUUUGGAAAAGCGUUGCGGACAGAUUGGCCGUUUUGGAAUCGAAGCAAGGCAGAUGUAGGAGGAUGAUUCACGCUGACUGACAGUGGGGAAGACUGAUGCAUUCAUGAAGGAGACGUUUUGACGGAGAAGUGGAAUUAGGUGGGUCGUUUUCAGAUUUCUGUCCCGGUUCGACUCACUCGGUGCGGAGGAUUUCAGGGCGGACGGAUCGGUCGGCUUCCUGCGCAGACAAAAAGCUCUGACAGGAAUAAAAGCAAAAACAAUGGGCACUUUUAGACGGAAACAAAGCGCCAAACAGAGUAGAGAUGGAAGACGUCAUCAUCCCCGUCUUUGCCUCUUUCUCUGAGAUGAAACAAUAAACAGCACAGAGCCAGUCUGAACAAUAAAACUCUGCCUUUUGUUUUGUGCAUCUCUCCAUUCAUAGACACCUCUCCUCCUCGUCAGAUUCACCCAACGAGUCAAGGCAGGGCUUUAAAAAUGAAACUGGGAUUUCCAUCGAGGUCGUUGUUGUAACAUAUUGAUGUUUCGUACGCUGUCAGCUCAGUAGGCGUGUCGAUAUUAAUAUUUUGUGACAGAAAGACAUGAAGGUAGAAUAUAUUUUGUCAAUGAUUUGUAUAGUACAUGCUGGUGUUUUUCAAAUCACCGUAGAAUCUGAAAUGAGUAAAGAGCAAUAUUUUUCAUCAGCAAGAGUCCGAAAAAACAAAAAAAACACAGCUUGAGAGAGGCUUGACAGUGAAGCAUUGUGGAGUAUCUGUGGUUCAAGCAAUUUCUGCACUCAGAAACUUUGGGACAAACCUUCUUGGAGGUUUUCACCCAGCACAAGCAGGAUUUCCAGCAAGCUUGACGGAGCUGUGGCAUCACAUUUGCGGAGGCCAAAACAAAACCCAACAUUCGGUCCACUUGUUAUCUCAUGUCAGAGAACCUGCUCCCACAAAGUGCACUUGUUUUCGUGGCUGGUAAUGUGAGCUGCACUGGAAAGUUUCACAAAUGUGCGGCGGGUUAGAAAAGUCACAAUCUUUAGUGGCAUUUAGCAGAUUGUACCGGCAGACGAUUGCUUGAACCAGAACCGUGAGAAUGUUCUGUCAUCGUCUCAGAGGGUAAAGACUUGGAGCAUCUUCUAUCAGUUGGAAAUUCUGGUUGACCCGAGUCUUAAACCCUGUGACCAUGCUGCAUUACAUCAUCAUUCUUGACAGAGGUACCCAUACGGAUGGACAAAGCUAAUUAUUCUGACAAAAGCAUCGUCCUGCCAUUAGAAGGACACGACAGAGCAGACCAUUCAAACCUCUUGGUACUCGAUUUGGAACCCGAGACGGGAUUUCGUGUGUGGUUGGACGUCUUUGAGGAGCUGGUAGAGGCUCCAGGACCUUCUCUGGAAAGCUCAAGGGUGACACAGAGCCAUCGAUGUUGUGGUUGAUGUUGUGGUUGAUGGUGUUUUUUGUUUACCUGAACUAAUAAGGUUAUAUAUCUUCAUGGUUGCAGAGUGCCAUUUUUACUUGACAACUGUUACUACUUUAGCAUUAGAUAGAGCCGUUCUUGCUCUGUGUGAAUGUGGACUUUUGAGCAGAGUGACUGAAAAAGUGUUGUCUGAAAUCUGUCUGUAGCUCAGGUUUCCAAAGGAUGUGUAGCCCUGAGAUCCACAACGUGUUGGGAGUAACGGGAAUCUCACCAGAAAUCUGCCUUUAGUAACUUCUAAACAGAUCAAUGAAGGCAUUCGUGAUCAGACAGGGAACCAAUGAUUUUAGUAACUGGUUGGAUCGUCUAAACCACUGAAGGUUCCGUCUGUUCUCUGGAGGCGUCAAAUCAGACCCAAAACCAAGUUCUAACAAAUACUUUGGCACAAAUUUGAGAAUUUCAUCUGUUUUCAGACCUGUGCACUUUUGUAAUUUGACUCUUAGAAGACAUCUUACACGUGAACCUAUUUUAAUGAUUCAAUAUCUCCAGAAAUAAAACUCCUGCAGUCAUGAAAUGUGGUGAAAACAGACAGAAUAGUUCAAUCAGAUCAGAAUGAUUAAAUAGAUCCAGCAGAAGACAGUUAUAAUUUAUUAGCCUUUGAAAAUUAAUGAAAGUGCAAAAUUUUCCAACAAAGAUGGUUCAGUAUGUCCAUAAAGUCCCUGUAGAUGUAUAUCUAUGGAUGGAUCCAUAUUUCUACUAAAAUACAGUCUUUGGUCGACAUUUCACCCACUUUUGAGGCUCUAACGUCAGUAGAAUCUGAUGUGUGGAAAGUUUGACCAGACAAGGUUCCAUUUUUUUGCUAUUUUGGAGUGAAAUCUGUCCAAAAUGAAUCAAAACCAUCCAAAUUAACGAAGGAGUUGUUCGAAAUAAGAUGAGAAUAGUCUAAAAUGACUCAAAAUUUGGCCAAAAAUGCUUAAAAAAUGUCUAAAAUUACUUAAAACUUGUUCAUAUUGAUUCAAAAGUGUCAAAAAAUGCCAGUAAUCAAGAUUUAUUGGCUCUUAAAAAUAGAAAAAAGUGCAAAAUUUUCAAACAAAUCUGGUAUUAUGUCACUGUAAAAUUCCCGUAAAUGUAUAUACAUGGAUGGAUCCACGUUUCUACUAAAAUACAGUCGUUAGUCAAGAUUUCACCAACCUUCGAGGCUCUGACGUCAGUAGAAUCUGAUGUGUGGAAAAUUUGACCAGACAAGGUUCAUUUUUUUGCUAUAUUGGAAUGAAAUUUGUCCAAAAUAACUCAAAACCAUCCAAAUUUACUAAAGACUUGUUCAAAAUAAGAUAAGGAUAGUCCAAAAUGACUCAAAAAUCAGCCAAAAAUGCUUAAAACUUACCAAACUUACCACAGACAAAGAAACUACACAAGCCAGCUCACCAAACUUGCUAGUGCUACAUGCUAAUGCUAACCGCUAAUUGCUAAAAUACUUCACCUACUCCAGCCAAGCCCACCAGAGACAGAGACUAUACAAGCAAACUUCAUCUAAGAUGCAAGCACCAAUUGCUAACUGCUCAUUGCUAAUGCUAUCUGAAAAGAAAAAACAAAGAGAAAGACACAGCCACUACCUUCCACCACAGACUUACCUGAGAUGACCGCAUGGUCCCAGAGAGACUCUAACAGGCCACUCCCCCACCUGAUCUACACUUCCUCUUCCUGGAUCUUUCCCCAUUGGGGGAGGGAAAAGAAGGCAAGGAAAGCAGAGUGAAGGAGUAAAAUAUAGGAAAAAAAUGUCCAAAAUGACUUCAAACUUGUCCGUAUUUCUCAUAAUUUAUUUAAAAUAACUCCAAACCCUUCCAGAAUGAUUAAAAGUCUACCCAAAAUUACAUGAAAUAUACCAAAAAUGUGUCCAAAAUUUCUUUAAAAUGGAAAGAAACAUGCAAAUGUUCAAUCCAGACUGGUAUUAUGUCUCCAUAAAGUUCCUGUAAGUGUGUAUAUAUAUAUAUAUAUAUAUAUAUAUAUAUAUAUAUAUAUAUAUAUAUAUAUAUAUAUAUAUAUAUAUAUAUAUAUCCAUCCAUAUAUAUAUAAACAUGUACAGGAACUUUAUUGGACACUAUACUAUCCUAGUUUGAAAAUUUUGCCCUUUCCUCCAUUUUCAUUGCCAAUAAUUAACCAGUAUUGUCAUUUUGGAUGGUUUUGAGUCUUUCUUGGCAAGUUUCCAGUUACUGUGAACAUUAUUCAUCACAUGUUGGACACAUCUUUAUACAUUAUGGAUAUAUGAGUCAUCUUUGGUUGAUUUAAAGUCUAAAUAUCUAAAAAAGAAAAACAAAAAAAACAAAACUGGAACCUUCUCUGGUCAGACUUUCCCCACAUCAGAUUCUGCUGAUGGUAGAGACUCAAAGGUUGAUGAAAUGUCGACUAAAGACUGUAUUUUAGUAGAAAUAUGGAUCCAUCCAUAUUUAUGCAUGGACUUUAUGGAGACACUAUACCAUGUUUGCUUUUUUUUUGCACUUUUAUCCAUUUUCAAGGACCAAUCAUUUCGAAAUAUUCUCUGCUGGGAGCAGUUUUGUCCACAUCCUCAUCAAAUUUCAUUACUGUCAGAGUUUUGAGUAUUUUUGGAGAUCCUUUAAAUGGAUUAAAAUAAGUUUUUUUUUAGGGUGAAGUUCUCAAUAUUCAGCUAAAAUAUUUUACAGAACUUAGUUUUGGACAAAAUAAAAAUCAAGUGAAACUUGAGACGGCGGAGGAACACUGCCGUCUACCUCCAUGGUUGUUGUCCUGGCAACUGUUAAAGGUACGUAGGUUGGAAAUAGCCAGUUUGUAAGGCCGGAGAUAUACUUGUGUUUUAACUACGCAUGCACGUCGAUGACCAGCUACGUCUUGAAUGUAACCGUUAACACAUUUGCCUUUUCACUGAAGGACUGGAGAUCACACAGUACAGGACACACAUGGCGACACGUGAGAAACUUUGUGAUGUUUUAUGCAUCAUUGAUUCUGUGAAUGAGCACAAACAAAUGCAGGACACACUAACGCAUGGUUAAAACCAAGUAUAUCUCCUGCUGUAGCUUCAGCGAGGCGCCAGCGUUGGUUGGACUUGGACCUGAUGGUCAGGAUGUUGUGUUGAUGUGAGGUGUUCUGGUGGCGAAGUCUUCAAGGCGUGAUAAGGGCUGGAUAACCUUUGGAAACUGUUGUCUUUCUGUCUUUUUGUUGAGAUGUUUAAUCCGAACGUGUUUUUGAACAACUCCGACUGGAUUCACAUUCAGAAGUUUAGCUUCAACCCAAAGCUGAUCGAUCCCAGAGUAGUGAUCAGUUCCACUAUUCUAUAGUGGUAGUGAUGGCAGACAUUUACAGAAAGAGUCGAUCCACUCACCAUCUAAUUGAACUAAAAACACUGGUGACCAUCUGAAAGGGUGACUGAACUUCAUCAGGACAGUUUCAGUUUAACCACAGAUUGACGAAGUUCCCGUCACCUUCAAGAAAGUUUCAGAUUUCUUGCAAACAGUUGUAGUUAAACUUCGGAAUCAUUGCCGCAAGUUUGCAGCAAUUCGUAUUUCCAAAUACAAAUUCUAUGUGUAGCAAACCUGCAGUGGGUUUAGUUGUGACUUUGUGUAAAUGUUUGAUGAUUAGCUCCUUUGUCCUUUAGACUUGGCUUGAUUCAGUCACAUCUCCACAGCCUUCCUGUUGAGAGGCGACACUGCAAACCAAUGAGGAAGUAGCACAAAAAUCAACCUCGAAAUAUGUCCAAUUUGGAUACAACAAUAUGACUUUGUCUGAGAGCGUACAAGAGUCAACUGGACGUCUCUUUUAGGUUCUUCAAGACGUUUCACCUUCAUCCAAGAGGUUUCUUUGGUUCACAGCAACUAAAGCAUCUGAAACUCAGUCAACUAGAGGUGAAGAAGCCUCUUGGAUGAAGGUGAAACAUCUUCAGGAACCUAAAAGAGACAUCCAGGUUGUUUUCUACCAAAGCUCCCAGGAUCACCGUGACCUGGAGAAUCUACUCAGAUGUGCUUCAAUCAGUCAGUUUCCAGGUUGAUUUCCUGUCUAACCUUGAUCCUUAUUGCUCGUUCUCCUGUAUCGCUCCACAGUUUCUAUCUACUUCUAAGAAAGAAAAGACAAUAUGACCUUUGCUGCAGAUUUGUGGGAAAACUACCAAAGUUUGACUACAACUGUCUUCCAGAAGAUGACAAACUAGUAGCAUAUUUAUUACUAGAAGUUUACUAGAAGUUUAGCACCACUAGCUAACUGUUGUCACAAACCGUCAGUGGUAGGAAACUUCUCAUUAUCGCCAGAUUGUUGCUGAAGGUUUGCAUCUGGUGGUAGUUUUCUUUCUGUAAUGUUUUUGCUGCUAGUCGACCUCUAGUUUGUCUCAAAUUUCUACUUUUGUAAAACACCGUAAGCAUAAAUCCACCGUGAGAUUCUACCGGAGGAACUGAAGGACUCUUAGUUGUUCUGUGGGUCCUCACUCAUGCAGUUAGAACGUCUUAUUUAAAUUAUCUUUGACCCCGAAAGUCCAUUCAAACUCAGAUUUUUAAUCAGCGUUUUCUCAUUGGAAGCAGCUCCACCUGUGGUUUAUUUACUUUACUAAGAUGUUGUUUCCGCUGUAGGAGUCUGUCCUGUCGACUCGAUGUUUUUCUCCUCCUCCUGGUUUGCAUGAGGUUUCUGUUGGAGGAGUCAGAGGAAGCAGAGAUCGGUCAUUAAAAUCCUGAUGCUAAUUAUUGGUAUUACUAAAUUAAUAGCUAGUGUGUGUGUGUUUGGAUGUAUGUGUGUGUGACCUAACUAAACCAGCCUGUUCUAAAAGUGUGUGAAACUAUACUGAAUAAAACUGUCAAAUCUCAAA